AUGUCACACACCUCAGAUCGAUCUGUGAGAACACCUUUAGAGAACAUUAAAUUAGAUGUUCCAACUAUGAAUCCUAGUAAUAUAAAGGAUCUCAUUACCAAACGAAGUUCAAUUAAAGGUCGCAUAACAAAAUAUAGUAAUUUUUUAACUAAAUUUAUUGAUUCAUAUGAUAAAUAUGAUAAGACUAGUUUGCUUAUGUUAACACAGAGAUUUGAGAGAUUUAAAGACUUAAUGUCCAUUUUUGAUGAUUGUCAAUCACAAAUUGAAUUUGUGAAUUCAAAUAGUUUGGAAUCGGAACUUGAUACAAGAGAGGAAAUCGAAACUGAUUUUUCUACUCUUAUUGCUAAGACUCAAGUAAUUUUAGAGAAAAAUCAGAUUGUAGAUGAUUAUAAAUCGAUUCACUCUGGAUCAGGUUCAGAUUGUAAUAAGUCAUGUGGUCAUAAUAAGAGCUUUCACUUUAAACUUCCCACUCUAAAAAUUGGGAGCUUUGAUGGGACUUAUUUUAAAUGGAUUGAGUUCAGAGACACAUAUACUUCACUAAUACAUAACAAUGAUAAUAUUGACCCUAUCCACAAAUUUCAUUAUCUAAAUUCUUACCUAGAGGGUGAAGCCUCUCGUGUCAUUAGUAAUUUAGAAGUUAGUGCUGUCAAUUACAAAGAAGCUUGGCAUCUCCUAUGUGAGAGAUACAACAACGAGAAGCAGUUAAUACACAAUCAUUUAAAUUCUUUGUGUAAUAUUCGGCCUAUCACUCGCGACUCUGCCAAGGGAAUAAGGUUUUUAAUUGACCAUGUAUCAAAGAAUUUGCGCGCUCUUAAUAAACUAGGUGAACCAACUCAGUCCUGGGAUACUCUUGUCAUCCAUUUAGUCUCAGCAAAACUCGACGGCAGUACUAGUAUUAAAUGGGAGGAACAUAAAAAUAGUUUUGAGAAAUCGCCUUCUUUAAAUGAUUUUUUUUGUUUUCUUAAGCGUCGAGCAGAUGUUUUAGAAUCAUUUAAUCACAUCAAGCCUGAUCGUGUAGAUCAAGUAAAGGUAGAUCAUAAUUCAUCUUUUAAUCAAAAUAGAAGAUCUCACUCCAAAUCUUUUGUGGUUUCAGCUAAAACCCAAGCCUCUGCUUCUUCACCUUCGUGUGUCUUCUGCCGCGGUAGCCAUCGUUUGUAUGAUUGUGCAUCGUUCCUAUCCAAGCCAGUAGAGGACAGAAUUUCUGAAGCAUCAAGGUUAAAGGUUUGCCUUAAUUGUUUACGUAAGGGACACUCAUCACAUCAAUGCAGAUUAAGUCGUUGUUCUAUUUGUGAGAGACGUCAUAAUACCUUACUACAUAGGGAGUCUUCUCAACCUGUAAACUCAUCUCAGGUACAUGCAGUUACUUCUAAUACUGAAACUGCCUUAUCUGCAGCCGGACAUAAUUCUGAAAGCAGUAUAUGUGGCUUCACAAAUCAUUUUUGUAGUAACAAUGCCUUGCUAUCUACAGCUUUGAUAGAAAUACAGAAUCCAACCACGAAUAAGUCUAUUACAGUUCGAGCCUUGUUGGAUAGCGGAAGUCAGUCUUCUCUUAUUACAAAAAGAAUGACAAACUUAUUGCAAUUAACUUCUCUGCCAGUCCGGGUUGAUAUAUUAGGCGUUGGUAAUUUAUUUUCUUCUAAUGCGUUAGAACGUUGUGUAGUUAACGUAAAAUCUAAAUAUAAAAAUUUUAAAAUACAAUUAUCAUGUCUUGUACUUCCACAAAUUACUAGCAAUAUACCUAAUAAAACAUUUGAUAUUUCUCAACUUCACUUGCCUUCUAAUAUACAAUUUGCAGACCCUAACUUUAAUCGAUCUGCACCCAUAGACAUGCUAUUGGGCACUGAUAUCUUUUGGGACCUGAUUGAGUCUCAACAAAUUAAACUUGGUCCAAAUAAACCAAUAAUUCGAAAAUCCAAACUUGGUUGGAUAUUAGCAGGUCCAAUGUAUACCAGGAACACUAAUUCAGUAUUUUGUAAUCUUGCUAUUGAACAUAAAGAUAUUAGUAAUGAUCGUUUAAAUGAAACAGUAAAGAUGUUUUGGGAGUUGGAACAGAUUCCGACAGUUAAUAAUAAAAGAACUGAGGAGGAAAUAUUAUGUGAACAACAUUUUUGUAAAAAUACAUAUAGAAAUAAGGACGGUAGAUUUUGUGUUAAAUUGCCCCUUAUUACUGCACCAGACUGUUUGGGAGAUUCAUUCAGAUCAGCCAAAAGACAAUUUUUAGCUUUAGAAAAACGAUUCGUGAAAAAUCCAAUACUCAAGCAAUCUUAUUCAGAAUUUAUUAAGGAGUAUGCAGACUUAGGACAUUUGACGGAAUCACCUGUUUUUAUUCCGAAUCAAUCCUUUUUUAUUCCUCAUCAUGCAGUAUUUAAGCCAUCUAGUGAAUCUACUAAGCUACGCGUUGUAUUCAACGGUAGCGCUAAAACUACAUCUGGUUAUUCUAUUAAUGAUAUACAAAUGACUGGACCUUACAUUCAAGAUUCUCUAUUUAAUAUUUUAAUUAGGUUUCGUCAAUACACAUAUGUACUGUUCAGGACAGUGAUCGAAAUUUACAAAUGA